UAUCAGCACGGGCCCAAUCACAGCUUUGAGAGAAGACGGGAGAAUCUUCAGAAGAGGGGCCUCCAGUGCACGUGUUGUAGUAGAUAAGAUUUUGUUUGAUCUUUAUGCUUAAUAUUUAGGUAAGAGGGAAUUUCUAGGAGGGGAAAGUGUGGCCAAUUCGAGGCAACAAUGGAUGCGUCUCCAAGUCCCCAGACAAAGACAGUUGGAAACAUCCAGUCUCCGUCAGCAGCCAACUUGGCCACGUUGCAGUCCUACAGGCCGCUGGUGAACGAUGUUUACGCACCACCCUCCUUGGGCUUCACACAGGGAUCCAGCAGCAGCCAGGUACCCCAGAGUAAGUAUUCAGAGCUGCUGGCCAUCAUCGAGGAGCUAGGGAAGGAGAUCCGGCCCACCUACGCCGGCAGCAAGAGUGCCAUGGAGAGAAUAAAACGAGGUAUCAUCCAUGCCAGGGGACUGGUGCGGGAGUGCUUGGCAGAGACUGAGAGAAAUGCCAGGUCCUAGCUACAGAAGGACUACCCUCUCCUGUAGAAGAACCAAUACUCUCACUCACCAUGUCAAAGACCACUGCAUGGCACAUCCUCUAAAAAGAGGAAUGGAAAACAAAAUAAGGGAUGGUUAAAAAGGUCAAGAAAAUGUUUCUGAAAGGUUGAGAUUUGAGAAAAGGAGGGAAAGGGGACACUAGAAUAGAAUUCAGAAUUCGAAGGAUUUGGUUUUCUUCAUGCCCUGUUUUAGGGUCACAGUUUCCUGACUUCAUAUUUAAAAUUAAUAGUAAUUUUUGCAUGCAAACGUAUGGGUCCACCAUGGCCUUCAGUUAAUUGUAGACAUUGCAUGGCUUGUACCGGAUUAGACUAGGAGAGGAACACUUUGGUAGAUGUUGGUCUGAAUUCCAGACCCUUAAUGGUUGAACAAGUGAAGGACAGAAACGUGCCAAAUACAUUGGUUCAUUCAUGUUGAGGUUCUUUUUUGGGAUCAAUAAUGAAAAUGCUGUUACUUGCAUCUUUGUAUGUAUUUAUUACUUGUGUAAUAAAAUGUAUUUUCAAUACAAAUGUCA